AUGAGCAGUAUAAAUAUCAAUCGCACUAAUUUAGAAAACAUCAGCCCUUUUAGAAGAGAUUCCGCGAACUCUGUUAGCAUGAAUCACUCAUAACGAGUUGUAGGAAAUACUUCUCAUAAAAAGAUAAACUCCUCUUCACGUGGUUAACUAUCUCAUAGAUGCAACAGUAGUAGCAACACUUCAAACAGCAAUACAUUUGCAAAUAGCAGUUUGAAUUUACAAUACAACGUGAAUACUUCUAUGAAUCAAAAUAACAAUAAUAGCAACACCUAUGUGAAUGCAGGAAGCCAAUCCAAUAGCAAUAAUACUAGCCAUAAUAAUGAGAAUAUUCUUUCUUCCUCUUUACUUCGUUCCUCAAUAGCAAGUCAUACUAAGUAGCAUUCAAGUGGAGUCCCAAAUAAUAAUUUAGCUAGCAGUUAUUCUAAUUUGCCUUCAAGAAGUACUAAUUAAUUUUCAGCUUCAUUGUCUAAUUCAAGCUAUUCAAAAGCUCUCACUUCAAUUGACAUUUGUUGUGAUUCUUCUACAAAAGUUUCUCAUAAUAAUUAAACUCAAAAAUUGCAACAGCAUUAGCAACUCCAAUAAUAGUACUCCCUCAACUAGCUCAAAUAAAAUGCUAUUAAAAAGUAUUGUCUUCAAUAAUAGUAACAAACUCAAUAAUAAUAGCAAACAAAUUAAAUACCACCUUAUCACUUUGAGAAAGGAACAAGCAAGACUCAUAGAGGGCACACAAGCUCCUACAAUAACUUCAGUUAUGUCUAAUAGUAGAAUUCCUCAGUAUAGAAUAUUUUAGGCAAUUCUUAGAAACCAAAUAUGAAUUGGAAUGAGGCAACUCCACCUGGAAAGAGAGUAAAUACAAUGCCCUCCUAAGCAAGCUAAUAGCUGCUUCCAUAGCAACUGAGCAUACCAAGCUAAACAAACAACGCAAUAAGUGACGAAAAUGCUAUGUUAGCACUCAGCUAAUCGAUAAACAUUUCUACAUACAAAGUCUCACCAAGACUUCUAAAAAGUUCAACAAAUACAAGCUAAAACUCACAUUAACCCAUAAAUAACUUUAUGCAAGCUAUUUCUUCAAAUAAUAAUAAUAAUAACAGUAAUACAAACAACAAUUCUAGCUUAAAUUAUAGCAACUAAUAAUAACACUAAACUUCUACCAGUUCUAAUUUAUGCAUCUCUAAUUAGAGUACUAGUAACACUCAAUAAUAGCAGCUAUAAAUGAAUCUAUCUAUAAAAAGAGUUUAGUCUUAGGAUGAGGUUGUAAACUAACUCACUGACGAAGAAGAUUAAAUUUAUCUUGAAAAACUAAAGAAAGAAAUAGAGGGUUAUAAGCAAAGAGAAGUUCAAUACCUGACUAGGAUAAAUAGUUUAGAAGGCGAAAAUAAAGUAAUCAAUGAAUCUGUAUUGAAACAAGAAACAAAUAUAAAGAAUUUAAAGAAUGAGCUUACUAAAUAUUAACAAUAGUCAAAUAAUACUAACAAUUAGAGUUUCCUAACAGGAUCUUAACAAUUGAAUAGCAAUUCAGAAUAACAAAAGCAAUCUAACUCAGGUAACAGUAGCAACAUUAAUAUUUAGCUUCAAUAAAAGCAAAUAGCUAUGUUAGAAUCAUAUGUUGAAACCUUGAGUAAAAAAUUGUAAUAACUUGAAAUGGAGUAGAUUAGAUAAUAGAAUGUUAAUCCUUAAAGUGCUUAUGAAAAGUAAUAUCAAUAGCAAAAAGCUAAGUAUAAACAAUUAGUAGAAAAAUAUUUCACUUUGGAGAAGGUCUUCAAUUAAAUUACAAGUGAAAAUGAAUUCUACAAAAUUACUCUUAGCUAAUUAAAAUAAGAAUUAUCUCACAAAGCUUCACUAUAACAGAACCAAUAAAGUUUGUAGUAAGACCAAGGCUAAAGCAGUGUACUAAAAGCUUUACAACUUGCAUAGACAGCAAAGCAACAAUGA